CUCUCUCUCUCUCUCCAUUCCUCAUCAUCUACUGUUCAUCUCUAUCUCUCUCUCUCUCUUGCUUUCACCUUCUUCUUCUUCUUCUUCCUCAACCCACCUGUAAUAUUCUUUUUCAACCCCAUAAUUUAUACGAACACUCGAAAAAGAUAGUAGGAUGAAUUCUUAAGCCAUUAGCCAGCGCUGCUCACGCUUAACCCUUCCCUCCACCACCCCUUUUCUCUGCUCGCUCGCUCUCUAAAUCUCUCGCUUUUUCUUUUCUUUUUUUUUUUCCUUUUUUUGCUUCUUCUCUUGUUUGCGCUAGCGCUCUUUCCAGUUGUCCAUGCGCCGCCCAUCUUUUUCACCCGAGCCCCUUCUUCGUCUACUCCUUUCCCUUUCCGAUUUCGGAUUCUUCCAUUAAUCCUCUCAUAUUAAUCACUAGGAUACUAGUAGUUGUCACGGGCGAUAAAAAAUAGUUGCGGGAAAGAGAAAGUAGCGGGAGAGAGGGUGAGACAAAGCGUCGUACCAACACAUGCAGCAGCAGCAGCAGCAGCCGCAGCAGCAGCAGCAGCGAGGAGGGUCGCAACAAUAUGGGGGGCCGCCGCCGCAUCCGGAAUUGACCCCAUUCCCCUCCCGCAUGCUCGGAAUUGCCGACCCCCCGCCGCAGACCGUGCUGCAGGCGCAAUUGGCGGAGGCGGCGUCGCCCAUCAGUAGCCGGCCGCCGCAGCCGCCGCCGCCGCCGAGCUUCGAGGAGCUGAUCCCUUCGUCCGUCGCCGACGAAGAGGCCCUGGCGGCGGGGGAGGACGGCGAGCGCGGAGGCGGCGGGGCUUCGGGCGGCAACCGGUGGCCGCGGCAGGAGACGCUGGCCCUCCUCAAGAUCCGCUCCGACAUGGACGCCGCCUUCCGCGACGCCACCCUCAAGGGCCCCCUCUGGGACGAAGUCUCCAGGAAACUGGGGGAAUUGGGAUACAAGAGGAGUGCGAAGAAGUGCAAGGAGAAGUUCGAGAACGUUCAGAAGUACUACAAGCGCACGAAAGAAGGCGCCGCGGGCCGGCAGGACGGCAAGACGUACCGCUUCUUCACGCAGCUCGAAGCCCUCCACCGCAGCGCGGUGCCACCGCCGCCGCCUCCACGCCGUCCUCGAUCGCAUUCGCCGCCCCCAUGUCCGGCCCUCCCCGCCCGCGGAUCCACCCGAUUCCGAUCUCCUCCGCCGCCCCGCCGCCCAUCCCCGAACAAUCAAUUCACGGAAUUCCCGCCGCCUCUGCCGCCCCUCCCGCUGCAGCCGCGGCGGCUGCAGCUGCUGCUGUACUCGUCGGAUUCGGGCGAAUCCGACGACGAGACGGAGGAGGAGGAGAGCAGGAGCAGCAGCAGCAGCAGCAGCAUGUAGCUGCAAGGGAGGAAGCGGAAGCGGCGCGGCAGCAUGGGGAGGAGCGGCAAGAAGAUGAUGGCGUUCUUCGAGGGGCUGAUGGGGCAGGUGAUGGAGCGGCAGGAGGAGAUGCAGAAGCGCUUCCUGGAGACGCUGGAGAAGCGGGAGCAGGACCGGGCGAUGCGCGAGGAGGCGUGGCGGCGGCAGGAGACCGCGCGGCUCGCCCGCGAGCAGGAGCUCCUCGCGCAGGAGCGCGCCAUGGCCACCACCCGCGCCGCCGCAGUCGUCUCCUUCAUUCAGAAGAUCAGCGGCCAAACCAUACAAUUACCCGCAAUGCCCGACGCCUCCAUCACCGUCGUAACGCCGUCGCCAGCCCCGCCGCCACAGCCGCCGCCGCCGCCGCCUCAAAAGCCGCCAUUAUCGACGCCGCUGCCGCAAAAGGAGAAAAGUGGGGAAAAUGUAGGGCUCAAGGAAUCAGCUUCGACCGACAUUGUAGUAUUCGGGGCUCAAGGAGGAGGGCUGCAGGAUCCCGCGAGUAACGUCGCGUUCGAGGCCGCGGGGCCGCCGUCGUCGCGGUGGCCUAAGACGGAGGUGCACGCGCUGAUCAAGCUCCGGACGGGGCUGGAUAUGCAGUACCAGGAGAUGGGACCCAAGGGCCCGCUGUGGGAGGAGAUCUCGGGGAGGAUGCGGCGGCUGGGAUACAACCGGAGCGCCAAGCGGUGCAAGGAGAAGUGGGAGAACAUCAACAAGUACUUCAAGAAGGUGAAGGAGAGCAACAAGAAGCGCCCCGAGGACGCCAAAACUUGCCCCUACUUCCACCAAUUAGACGCUCUCUACCGCAGGAAGCUCGACCGCGCCAGCGGCGGCGGUGACGCGGGCGUCCCACGGCAGCAGCAGCAGCAGCAGGCGCCGCCUCAGCAAUUGGAAACCAACACCAAUGCCCCAAGUUCACAAGAAGGAGCCGAUGCUCUCACGCUCAUGGCAGCAGCGUCGUCGUCGUCGCAUCAGCCUCCGUCGGAAACCGACACCAAAAACAACGGCAAUAGAAGCGGCGGAGGUGUACAAACGAGCAACGGAGGACUAGCGCCGGUCCUCGCCACGAACAAACCAGGAGACGCCGUGACGGGCGAAGGCGAGAAGAUCGACGAGGGCGGCAGCGACAAUAUGGACCACGACUACGACGACGACGACGACGACGACGACGAGGAGCGAGGGGGAGGAAGGACGAAGAAGAGUCGGCGUUCACCCCCCGCCCCUUGUAUCCUCAUCUCUCUCUCUCUCUCUCUCGAUAGUCGACACGACGCUUGUGGGAUUCAUAGGGAUGAUGGAGUCGCGGGAGGUGCCGCGUCCCAAAGUUCCCUCCUUGGACCAAACCGAUAUCAACUGGGACAAGUAUGUCAUUAUCUCCUUUCUAGGGCUUCUUCUCGUUUUCCUCCUCUUCCUUCAAUUUCAUACCUCUCUCUCUCUCUCUCUCUCUCGGUGAGGAAGGGGUAUUUUGGGGUGAAGCAGAAAAGCAGAGUCCGGGUGACAAACUGUAAGAAACUGGGCGGCAGGCAGCAUGUGCGGGCAGACUUCACAUUUCACGAGGAGGGUGAGGCGUGGUGA